GUCGCCAGACAGUCAAUUGAUUUAAUUUAUUAGUUAAGACAACCAACUGAAUUUACGAAUUACUCUAUGUGAAUAGACUGAACAGCUAUUUUGUUGUAAUACAAUCAACCAAUGGCAUGUGGCUAUUCAAUUCUGUCUCUGAUUGGUUAAUGAAUAAUUUGAUUAGCGUAUGCGUAUACAUGUCUGCGUUAAAGACAUUGGGAUUCAGGUUGAAUUGUUCACUCGCAAUGCGACGCGUUGUUAUUCAGUGUCGAAAUGACGAGGAUAUACCAGUACUGUUGGAAAUAAUCAAUUCAUAUGGUGCAGUUUUGAUAAGGCCUGCAUCUCCCGAACGAUUUGAUAUGGUCCACGUCGAUAUAUCAGAGGAGAGUGAUACAACAUUGGCUGACUUUAAAGCUGAGUUGGAAACUAAAAUAUCUAACGUUUCAGUACGUAUUUUCUGAGCAGGAAAAUAAAUUGUAAUGAGCACCUGAGACACUAAAAAAGAAGAAGAAGAAUUGUUCAUUAAGUCUUUUUUAUUUCAUCAUUAUCACUAUGUAUAAACGAAAUUUUAUUCAAUAGAAGUUAUCAUCGAUA